AUGUCUGAAGAAGAAGUUAGUGGGUUGAAAGUUCAAGAAGAGAGGUUGAUGAGGGAUUUGCAUGAGACUUGUGAGUGGGGGAAGGGGGAGAGGUGGGGGAGCUCAUCAACGGACGAACUCCAGGCUAACACCUUCUCUCAAAACAGCGCUCCCACUGAAACAGGCAUGUCACGCCUCGCCCUCUCAGACACAGACAAACAAGCCCGCGACUGGUUCGCCUCGACCACAAAAUCCCUCGGUUGCAAAGUAAUCGUCGACGCCAUGGGAAACCAAUUCGCCAUCCGCGAAGGCCUGCAACAAGGCCCUCCCACCGUCGCUGGCAGUCACUUAGAUACCCAACCCACUGGAGGCAGAUACGAUGGAAUCCUCGGCGUCACCGCUGGUAUAGAAAUGCUACGAACCCUUCACGACAAUAACAUCACGACUACGUUUCCUGUAGGUGUGGUCAACUGGACCAAUGAAGAAGGAGCUAGGUUUCCUAUCUCUAUGGUUUCGUCGGGGGUUUGGGCGGGUGCGAUAUCUCUCGAACAUGCCCAUGGUCUUAAGGAAGUAGGUUCUGGCUCUGCAACCAUGAAAUCUGAACUCGAACGCAUCGGCUACCUCGGCGAUGUCGACUGUAGUCACGAAGCCGUUCCCCUAGCCGCACACUUCGAGUUACACAUCGAACAAGGACCCAUCCUCGAAGCCGAAAACCGCAAAGUAGGGAUCGUACAAGGCGUUCAAGCUUACAAAUGGUUUACGGUUUCUGUGCGUGGAGCAGAUUGCCAUACUGGAACAACUUCAUUCUCUCAUCGUGCUGAUGCCCUCCUCGCUGCUUCUAAAAUGAUUGUUUACUCUCAUCGUGCGGCGGCUAGAAAAGGAGCUUUGGCUUCUACUGGCAUCUUGACUUUGAAACCUGGAAGUACGAACACGGUGCCUGGCUCUGUGGACUUUUCGCUGGAUAUAAGGUCUCCUGAGAAUGAAAUUGUCGCCCAGGUGGAAGAAGACUGCAAGAAAGCCUUUGCAGCCAUUGCAGCGGGAGAAGACGUUGAUGGCCUAGGCCUUGACUUCGUACCCUCCUCGAAAUCGUGCUCUGUCACUUGGACUUUGGACACCGAUUCUCCAGCUACAAAAUUCCACCCUGACUGUAUUUCCUGCGUUGAGGAUGCAGCAACUUCCCUCUUCGGCCCCGACACCUCAAAGCUUACCAAACCUAUGACUUCGGGAGCUGGACAUGAUAGUGUAUACACCAGCAAACGCUGCCCAACAACUAUGAUUUUCGUGCCCAGUAGAGAUGGGGUCUCGCAUAAUCCUGUUGAGUUUACGAAGCCUGAGGAUUGUGCGAUUGGAGCACAGGUUUUGAUGCAGGCGGUUUUGAGAUAUGAUCAGAAGAGAGCUGAGGGAAAGGUUUGA